AUGAAAGAAAAAUCAGAUCGUGUUGUCUGUCUAUUUCAAAACCUAUAUGAAGUUCUUGGAAAAGUACAUGGAAAUACCCACCAACACUGUAGUUUGAAAAAAACAUUUGAGGUGAUAAGCAAUCAAUAUACUUAUAUUCUCUGUUCAUUUGUAGAGCUAUAUGUUGCUCGAUAUACACAGUAUUAUACAAGAAGAAGUUUUCCCGCACUUAUUGUUAGAAAAACUAUUGUAUCAAAAAAAGCAUCAGCAUUCUUGUUUGCUGUUUUUACCAUUUUUGGGCCUCCUUAUAUUUUACAAAGUGAUAACAGACGGGAAUUUACAGCACAAAUAAUUCAUGAGCUACUUG